GCCUUUAUUUACAUUAAAAGGAAAGAACCUGAAAGAGAAGCAAGCAAGCUAACAGAAGCAGUUGAAUUGGGUGCAAGCAAAUCCAUGAAUGGCCCAAUGACUGUGGAAUAGGAAUUAAUUAGAAUGACUUACAAAUUCUUUUUGAGCUCUAAUUAAAUCCAAAUGAAUGAAUCAAAUAUUUAAACGAGAAUAAGAGUUUUUUUUUUUUUUUUUUAUACACAAGACUUGAGUUCGAGACAUUAUUUCACCCCAGUAAAUUCAAACAAGACAAAGUAUUAGAGAUUAGAAUUAGAUACUUUGCUUGAAAUCAAAGCUCCAUAAAUUUAGUCCAACCAUUAAACACAAACCCCUUAAUGAAAUACAAAUAGGAAGAGCAGUGCUAAAAAAAUAAAAAAUAACCUUAGGGAAAAGCUUUAUGUUUUUGUGUGUAUGACUCGAUCUAUGGACGACCCUCCACUCCAAAUUCUCCAAUAAAUAAUCCCCACGCACCCACCUGAAUAUCAGCUCAAAUCGAAACAAACAUUUCACCAAAUCUUCCCUUCUCCUCUCUCUCUCUCUCUCUCUCUCUAGUGUUUUUUGUUUACAGGCAGAAGGGAGAAAGUGGGUGUUGUGUUUUGUUUUUGGUUGAUUCAAGUAUUUAAUGUGGAGAGAGGGAUAUAGUAACAGUAAACCUGGGAAAGUCAAGAGACCAUUUUUUCGAAGGUAUAUUUGAUUGCAUCCAUGAGAUCACUGCGUCCCUGGCUUUGUUUAGGAUGACCGAGUCUGCUUACAGAGUCGAAACCACCGCUCGUCUUGCUCAAUGGAGGAUAGAUAAUCUUGCCUCUUGCACUUACCGCAAAUCCGAUCCUUUCAAGAUCGGCAACUGGAAUUGGCAUUUGUCACUGGAGAAGAACAGGGUAUUGUAUGUUAAAUUAUACCCAGAAAUUUCGAAUCUAACAAGAGACAAUCCCCCAAUUGCAUCCUUCAUCAUCCGAGUUGUAUGCUCAGCAGGGGAUCGAAAGGCUUUCACUCAUCCAGAAAUAAAAGACAAACAACUGAAGAGCAACGAAGAUUUUGUCUGGCCGAUCGAGGUUCCUUUGACGGGGAAAUUCAUAAUCGACGUUGAAUUUCUUGAUCUAAAAACCGCUUCUCCAAACGGUGGGGAACCUUGCUCCAUUUGGGCUGAAGGACUCACACAAAAGCAAUCAAAUGCCACAGCUCUUGCAUGCCUUGGUCGGAUGUUAACACAAAGCAUCCACACAGAUAUCAUUAUUAAUGCUUCUAAUGGAAGCAUCGGAGCUCAUCGUGCUGUUCUUUCUGCACGAUCACCUGUUUUUCACAGCAUGUUUUCACAUAACCUGCAAGAAAAGGAAUUGUCAACCAUAAACAUAUCUGACAUGUCAAUUGAAGCUUGUCAGGCUUUGCUAUGUUACAUUUAUGGAAACAUCAAACAUGAAGAAUUCCUGGCUCACCGGCUGGCACUUCUCCGGGCAGCUGAUAAGUAUGAUAUAUCGGAUUUGAAAGAGGCCUGCCACGAGAGUCUCCUAGAAGACAUCGAUACAAAGAAUGUCCUUGAGAGACUCCAAAAUGCAGCUUUAUACCAAUUGCCAAAACUCAAGUCCAGUUGCAUGCGAUAUCUUGUGAGAUUUGGCAAGAUAUAUGAUAUUCGAGAUGAUUUUAAUGCUUUCCUGCUAUGUGCAGAAAGGGAGCUGAUAACUGAUAUAUUCCAUGAAGUUCUAAAUACCUGGAAAGGAUUGUAAGAUUCCACCAAUGAUAAACACCAAUGUGUUUUUAAGUCAGUGGUACUUGUAGCAUCGAUAAAGAUUGUAGCGUGCAGGAUCGUAUUUGUAAAUAUGAUUCUUUUGUUCAGAUGGUAUUCAUGUCUCCAUGUACAUACACAUGUAUGUAUUGGUUCCCUUUGACAAAAACAUUCUAUCCUUGUUAUCAGAGUUUCAGAAAUGCAACAUAAUUUGAUUAAA